CGUACCUGCUCUUGGGCGGGUUAUCCUGCUCUAACAAUGUUGCGGGCUGUCAAGAACAAAUAUGUGGGUUGGGGUCUGAAAGGUAUUCGAGCUCAAUCUGCACAAGCAGCACCUACACCACCUCGUAAACCAAGCUCGGCCACAUCGAAGUUUUUAUAUUCUGUUGGAGCGCUGGCGACUGUGGCAGUCGGUGUAAUUGGAUAUGCUUAUGUGGAUCCGGAAUUCAAAAAGAAAGUUGAGACGACCGUCCCUCAGGUAAAACCGUAUUUCGACGCUUGGUUUGGCUCAUCUCACAAUGCAAAUGUAGGGCAGCUUUUGUCAGAUUUGAAGGAUAAGGUGGCUCAUGCUAUUCCUGUUGUAAAAAAAGAAAAGAAUGUUGAAGGAGUGAGAGAGAGGGAGCCUCCCGUACAGGAAGCUGGUGAUGCGAGGGCGCCAAUGGAAACCGGGAAUGUCAAAAUUCCUAUAGAGUUCGAGUCUUCCUUGCUAUCGGCAAUUCAUUCUGCUGAAGACAAGGUUCGCGCUGCAACCGAUGCUAAAAUCAGGACGAUAGCCGCAAUUAACGAACACGCAUCACUUGUCAAGGAAACCGUGGACGAGUCCCAAAACGCCGAUUGGGGAAAGGUGACAACUGCUCUUCAACAGGCUGAAUCGCUUGCUAGCAGAGAUGGAAAAGCAGAAGCGGAUGGAAGGAAUUAUAUUGACUAUCUAAGAACAAUAAUCAGCCGUGGCAGGAGUGAUCCUGUGACUGCCAGUAAUCCUUUGCUCCUGAAUGCAACUGAAACAGCAAACAAGUUAUCCCACCAACUUGACGAACUUCAUGGACUGGUCUUGAAGGCACGACAGGAGUCAUCAAUUUCGAACCAGUACAAGGAUCUCGUCCAGCGUAGUCGCGAGCAGUUUGCUCAGGAAGUGAAGAAUAUUCUUCCCAAUGUAGACAUCAAUGUAAAGAAUAAAAGUAUGGAGCCAGAGGAAUUGAACGCUUUGAUUGCUCAUGCUCACUUGAAGGUGGAUAACUUGAGAAGACAGUUGUUGGAGCAGCAGGAUGGAAAAAGUGACGACUUCAAUGCCCGUCCUGACUUCCUUGUUGAGCAGGUUCGUGAGGAGCAACAUAUUGCACGUGCUAUCGCUGAUCAACGGGAAGCAGAUGAACGCAUCGCUGCUGAACGUCUUGAAAAUGAAUUACAACGAAUUCAGCAGCAACAAGACGUGGAAAUAGAAAGAGCUGUUUUGCAAAAGCGGUCUUUGUGGCAAAAUGAGUUAGAGGAACAAUUACGAAGAUCUGCAGCGGCACAUUCGGAACAUUUGGAGCAGAUUAUUCGUACGCAGCGUCAACUUUUCGAAAUUGAGCAUAAUCAAAAAAUUGAAGAGGCGUGUUGUUCUAUAAAAUAUUUCAUUCUGUAUUGCCUUCAUUUCUAUAAUGUUAUCAUGGAUUUUUUGCAGGCUUCAAGGCUUGAGCGUGAUCGUCAUAGUCGUGAAGUCGGUGUAGCAUUGAGUCGCUUAGCAGGGAUUGAGUCUGCGCUAGAUAGUAGAGUCGCUUUAGAUAUGGAGAACCGUCGUGCAAAGCAGUUCUGGAUUGCCUGUCACAAUCUCAUUGGGUCCAUCAAACAUGGUAAUAAGUCUGGUGAAGACAUGGACAAACGUCGUUUUCCGUUGAAUGAAUCCCUCUCUUUUUUCAAACAGGUCCCUUUUUAUUUUUUCGUCGUUAGUCAAAAUGUAUGCUCUGGACAAAAUCGGAAUGUCCAAACUCCGAAAACAGUUUCUUAA